AUGACGUCGCCAUCUCUCACGCAGCCUGGACCAGCGAAGCUCAAGGCACGCACUGACUUCUCUGUAACACUAGAAGUCCCACCUUCUACUAUCAAUUCUUCUUGGUAUCGUUAUGAAUACAAAGAAGCAGGUUCAACGUGGGAGAAGAAUGCACAACACGUGGAUGCAAUGAAAGGAGCAUCUGAAGUGAUAUUGGAUGAUUUGAAUCCUACUAGCACGUAUCAAGUACGUGUCUAUGAGGUUGUUAUGGAUUCUAAUGGGACUACAGAACAUUUGUCAAAACCGAGUCAAAUUGCUGCUGUGGACACGGAUGUACCAGGAUGUGGACCUGAUUCAAAUGUGAAUUGUACCUGUACAAUUCAAUGA